UUGUAUUUGGUCAUCUUUUAAAACCAUCCCUUUAUUUCAUUCCUGAAAAUUAGCCUCCAUUAAAAUAUCCGACCAAACACACACUUCUACUCCCUUUCUCUCUCCGCCGUGUCAACGCCGAUCCUCCCUCCUUCACCACCGCAACGCCGCCCCCAUGCUGCAACCAAUUUCCCCCAAUUCCCCUCUCAGGACUCUGUUGACUUCAAUUGCUCAAAUAUAGUUUGUUAAUUAGGGUUAGAUAUUCAGAGAGUUAUGCAAAGGCAUCGUAAUCCUGCUAAUGGAUAUAGGUCUAAUCCGAUUGGAACUGGAACCGGAUUCGGAGGAGGUGGUUUAGCUGCCGGUGGUGCCGGUUACCGGAGCUACAACCGCGGUGGUUUCGGUAGGGGGCAGCCGCCUCCGCCUCGUAGGAUAGAUGUGUUUAUGGAAGCAGGGAAAUUGGCAGCCGAGUAUUUGGUUUCCAAGGGUUUGAUUCCACCGAAUUCGGGUAAUGGUAAGUGGCAAAUCGGUAAUUUGAAGAAUCAAAGCGGUGGAGGAGAUAGUGUUUCGGAUAGGAGAAGGUUUCCUGAUGAUUAUAGGGGUAGAAGAGCGUUGGGGUCUUUUAAAAACGCUGCGGUUGAAGUGAACCGUGAGGUAAACCGGAGUAAUUCGUUGUCGGAGAAGGUUAAGGGUUUGUCGGAUAAACAAGGGGAUGGUGAUUCUGUUUCGGGUGUUUCGGAAGAACAAAGAGUUGGGAAAGAUGGUGGAAUUGAGGACCAAAAGUCGGUAUCUGGUGAUUUGGAAUCGAAAAGUUACGAUGCGGGUAACGUGGAUACGGGAAACAUGAACCAACAAGAUCAAUCACCUGAUGAAAAUGCAAGCGUCAAGACCCCAGUUUCCGAGGAGAGAAUCGACGGGUUAAAGGAUGUAAACGUGAGUGCAGAUGACGUGGCGAUGGAUGACGGUACCCCCGAGCCUGAGAAACCGGUUGUUGAAGAAGAUCCACCUGAGGAGGAUAACAACAAGACGUCAAACAAUAACAGUAGUGAUCUGCUAACGCUAAUCAGGUUUAACAAAAUACCCACCAGGACGCGUUCUUCUGUGACUCUUAAGGGCUCAAAAAGUGACCCGGUGUUGAUUUCCGGAGAUGAAAACAGGAACAAACAGGACGAUGAAAAUCAAGUAUCAAACCAUGAACCGGAGAUGAAGAUUGAACAGGUCCCAUCUGAAGAUGAUCAUAAAUACGAAUUUGGACAAGGGUUACACACACGAUCGUUAUCGUUUCCUCAACGAUCUUCCGUUUCCGAUCAAGAACUAAGUGACGGACAACACGGGUAUACUCGAAGCAGCUCCGCUUUAUUAGGUGUAGGCGAGAAACGACCGAUGCAAGACGACGCUAGCACAGAAGCAAGCAAGAAACCGAGAGAGUGGGCCCCCGCAAACCCUCAAGCGGAUGAAUUCUUUCAUAUUUCGAGCUCACGAGACCAAGCGUCUUCUCAAGAAGGUACGGCGGGAAUCACUCAACCAUGCAACUCAUACGCUGAAGAAAAACAGCUUUUUCCUAGUUCUUUUAAGAUUUGUGACCUCAAUGCAAUGGAAGUUUCUGAUGUACGUGGUGAUAAUCAUGAUACCAAUUCAGUCGCGGGGUUUUCGUCACUCGUACAAGCAAAGCAAGAACCGGUGUCUGUUGACUUUGACUUGACCAUGAAUAAUAGUUGUCAUAUGACUGAUCGUCAUGGAAAAGGCGUUGAGGUCAUUGAUUUGGAUUGUGAUUCCAUGCAAGAGGACGAUGAUAAUGACAACGACAACGACAACAAUAACUCAGAGCGGAGGGAGGAAGCUAUAUUUACGGAUCUUGAGAGCUUUCCAGACAGUAUGCAGAGGGUCAGUGACAUCCCCCAAGAUGGUUACGGGCUUAUGAUUUCCGAGUUAUUAGAUGCUGAUAUUCCUAAUUCUUCUGUAUCAACGGGAGUUAAUUCGAUGCAUAACGAAAUGAGCCUCCCAAAUGAAGAGGGGAUGCUUGGUGAUGAUGAGUCGAUAUAUAUGUCACUGGGAGAAAUACCGAUAAGUAUGCCAAAACUCUAAUUUCAUUGGUUUCGUGCCAGUAUGGGAUCAGCAGCCUUCACAGGGAUAUAAUAAGCGCUACUAAAGUGGCGUGAGAUAUUUCCGUGUGUAAUGUGGUAUGUGAAUCUGCCAUUUUAGUCGGUUUUUUAAUCUCCAGACCAUUUUAUGCUUUUGUGUAGUUUGCUUAGUUUCAAAUAUAUAGAACAUAGCUCGUAAUCAUGAUUGUUAUACAAGACAGCCUGUAAGCAUAAACCAUUGAUGUUUUCGGUUCUUUGUAGUGUUUGAUCUCUACACCAUCAGUUAUUUAUACA